AUCAGUUUAAUUACAACAGAGCAAUGAACUAUGUCUAGAUUAAUUAAACAGGGCACGUUCCCUUCCGCAAACUAUGAUCAAAUAGGUUAGUUUGUAACCUGCAAGGUACCCGCGCGCCUUUCGUCGCGGUGAGUGGGAAAGCGCGUGUUUAAUGGAAUUCUGGAAGUCGCCGCGGCUUUCUUGUGGGGGGGAGACACCACGGCUCGAGCUAGCUAGCUAACAAGCUCUGAUAUGGCGAUCUAACAACCUGCCAAAGAUCUCUUCAUGGAUAACAGAGAUUGGCAACAAAGAAAAGGCAAAGGUGAAUUCUGCAUUGUCGAGCACAGCCUCUAACAGAAGGACGGACUGAAUCACUUCUAUUACAUUUACUUCUGUGCAUGUGGCCUUUCCAGUUGUUCUUGGACAUCUGGUGGGAAGCACAAAGGCCUAUCACUAUGCACUGUAAACAGAGAGACCUGAGCUGUGGCGAUGCAGGGGGAAGCAGACUUUCUCCAGGCAGGACUAUCCCCCUAGUAAUAGGGCUUCUGGUGGCCCUGACCCAGGGCUCCAUGCCAGGGGGGCAGCAGGAGACCCUGGUGGAGAUGAUGUCAGUGGAACUGGAGGCUUCCAUGCAGUCUUCUCUGCUGUCUGACUUUGAGGCCGCAGUGUCUACUGUUAGUGAGGGGCUGCCUACACUGAUCUCAGAUUCACCUGCGGUUACCGAGGGGGUGCACACUGGUAUACCAGACUCUUCAGCAAUCGUGGGCCAGGUGUUUCGGCUAAGGCUUCCGACAAGACCUGCCAAUGGAAGUUGUAAUAUCCGUCUCACAGAGCUGGGAAAGAAGACAUUACCCCCCUGGCUUCACUGGGACAGAGAGGGUUGCAUUCUCCAAGGCCUGGCUCUGGAGCAGGAUAAAGGGGUGUAUCAUAUCUCUGUGUCUGGAGAAGAGAUAAGUGGUAAGAUUGGCAGCCAAGUUGCCCCCAGCACAGUCUUCUCUAUUGAGGUGUACCCAGAAGAAAGGGCAGACACUGAGCCAGCUCUGCUUGCUCUCCAGUCUGAUAUCGGCGGCUUCCAGCCUUUCACCUGUGGCACUGAGGAGUCAGUCACAGUCCUCACUGUCAUCCUUGAUGCUGACCUGACAAAGAUGGCUGCUGGACAGAGGGUCAACCUACUGGGCAUAAUGAGAAAGUUCUCACAUGUGCCCCUGGAGCACAUGUGGGUGGUCCCUGUUAUCAACAACCGUCUGUUUGACAUGUCUGCCUUCAUGGCUGGACCUGGGAAUGCCAAGAAGGUGGUGGAGAAUGGGGCCCUCUUGUCAUGGAAACUUGGCUGUGCCCUUGACCAGAGUAAUAUUCCUGACAUCAGCAGCGUCCAAUCCCCAGCUAAGGAUGGGACCAUGUCAGCCAAGUUAGGGUAUCCAGUGGUUGGUUGGCACAUUGUCAAUAAAAAGCCUCAUGGGGUGAAACGGGUCAGAAGGCACUUAUACAAUACUCCCACUCCAGUGCCCUCCCUGCCUCCCCCAGCUACUCAUCCUGAGCCCCCUGUACGUGUUGUUCCCACUCCUACCUCUCCCUCUAUUGCCCCAGCAACAGACAACUCUGCGCCCCCUGUUCGUGGUCUGUUGCCUCUGCCGGUGAAGCCAACAAUAAGGGUCAGAGAUCAGAUAGCGCACACGCCAGUUUUGGGGCCUCCACAACCCACUAGAGUACUCGGAACCACAAGCACUAUCCCUAUUCAGCCCACCAUGACCAGGCCUACAUUUGUGGAGGCCACUGCUUUGCCAACACCACCAAAUACCACUAAAAGGCCCAAGACCUCUGCCACCAAGAAACCUAAGAAACCCAAAACCUCCACUCCUGCCCCUCGGGAACCUAAGACCACAACAGCUAAGCCACCCAGGCGCACCACUCCUCUGUCUCUGGCUCCAGACUCAAAUCAAGCCCCAGAGAUCCACAAUCCCAUUGAUGAGGUGAUUGCAUGGGUUGGCUCCUAUUUUGAGGUUAAAAUUCCUCCUGAUACAUUCUUUGACAGAGAAGAUGGCACCACUGAUAAGUUGCGUCUGACUUUGAAGAAGACUCCCAAAGAAGCAGUAAAUGAAACUUCAUGGAUCCAGUUCAACAGCACAAUCCAGCUCCUAUAUGGCCUUCCAGAUGAGCAGCAUGAGGGCAAACAUGAGUACUUCAUGCUGGCCACUGAUAAGGGUGGUAGAAGUAUCAUGGAUGCAUUUGAGGUUAGAGUCAACCGUUGGUCAACUAAUGACAAGCCCUCUGUUGUUUUUGCUGCCCGUUUCCAAGGUGAUCCUAAAACCCUGACCAAUGAUGUCCAUAAGAAGAUUCUUUUGACAAGAAAGCUGGCCUAUGCCCUUGGUGAUCGUAACAGCAGCACAGUGACCCUAAGAAGCAUUACAAAGGGUUCCAUCGUGGUGGAGUGGACCAAUAAUAGUCUCCAGCAGAGUCCUUGUCCGAAGGACCAAAUCACCAUUCUCAGCAACAGAAUAUCUGAGCCUCAGGGCAAGCCUAAACUUUCCUUCAUCAAAGCCAUGGAACCUGAGUUCAAACCCAUAAACAUCUCCAUUCGUGGUACCAACAAAUGUCAAAGCUACUCAUUUGUGCCACCAGGUGAAGUGUCCCUGCCUGUUCCUCCUACAGCCACACCCUCCCCAGGUACAGGUCGUAGGAGUAGUGAUGAUGUUUACUUGCACACAGUUAUCCCAGCUGUGGUGGUGGCUGCCCUUUUGCUUAUAGCAGGGGUUAUAGCCAUGGUCUGCUACCGCAAGAAACGUAGGGGGAAGAUGACCAUUGAGGAGCAGGCCACUUUCAUCAAAAAAGGUGUCCCCAUUAUCUUUGCAGAUGAGCUUGAUGACUCCAAGUCCCCCCCAUCCUCAAGCAUUCCUCUCAUCCUUCAGGAGGAAAAGCCCCCAUUGCCUCCUCCAGAGUACCCGAACAUGGCUGGCCCCCACAGUACACUGCUCAACCAGGAUUUGCUGGAGGAGUACUCCAUCUAUCAAGAUGAAGAUCCUAAUGCCCCUCCCUACCAGCCCCCACCACCAUUCACUGUCCCCAUAGAGGGCAAAGGCUCUCGCCCCAAGAACAUGACCGCAUACAGGUCACCACCUCCCUAUGUGCCUCCCUAACGCUCACUGGGCUUUCAGUUUUGGGCACAGGAGCACCGUAGGGAUACCUGUUUGUAUUAAAAAAAAACUAUUACAGAAGUAAUUUCACACGUGGCUUUGACUUUGUAGAAGAGCAGGCAACCAUACACACUACAUGGCCAUCAUGGAUAAGAUACUCUGUUGUACGUUACUUGUGGGACUGGACAACUGGAUGGUAAACAGUUUGUAAUUUUAGCACUCGUUCUUCUUCUGUCGUCCUUUGGUUCUGCUCUCAACUUCUUGCAUAAUCUUUUUUUUUAAUUUUUUUUUUUUCGCCAAGAAGAGUCAGUUUUAUCUUUGAUGUACUGUUUCUAUUGUAUAGAAAAUGAUAAAGAAGCAGGAAAGACUGCAGCCUGUAGGGCCUUGGAGAAGAUGUCACCAUGACAACAGACUCGAGGCUCUCCCUCACAAUGUUAAUCUUUGUACGAGUUCAGCAUCACUUUUAUCUGUCUUUGGGCCAGGUUUACUAAGAGUUUGCACCUGUUAUUUCUUGAGAGGAACAAAAUACGAAAACCAAACUUAAAGCAUGGAACUCUUUUAUUUACACACAAGCAAAUUUUUGUUUCCGAGUCUUUGAUCUUUCCUUGUUCUCCCCUAUGCUUUGCUCCCUCUUGACAAUGACUUGUGCAAACCUUGUGCAUAUGCAAAUUCUUGCUAAACCUUGCACUUGGUGUCUUGCUGAAAUGAACAUUGUAACCGGUAGUCCAGUAAGGGGCGCUUUUCUUUUGUUUUACUUUAACACGUGACAUGACCAAGAUUUCCUCUUGUUACUUGAUGAAAACGGACACCACACUGAUCAUGCCUGUCAUAGAUGAAGCCUAAUUAAGUUACAAAAUCAAAUAAUGACGUAUAUUUUUUUGUAUCUGCCACUGAUCCUGCCUAUGGGAUGAGAUGACUUGCUGUUGGAAGGCGGUGUCUGCAGUCGGGACAAACACGGGGUUCCUACCAUUGCAAAGGAGGUUGAGGGUGUGCUCCUGUUUCACAGCAGGGUGAGAAUUUGUCAUACGAACAAUGCAUUGGAUUCGCUGUCUCGUAUGCUUUCGGUUUGGUGGGGCAGGGGGGUCGGGGAGUGAGACGGCACAGUAAUGUAUUUCCACUGCUCUGCCUCUAGCUGCUGCACUGUAUGUUUAGUGUGCUGUUAUCAGUGAAGAUGAGGCAUGGAGGAAGGAGUAUGUACAUAAUGGAGUGCCUGUGAACUCCAGUGAAGAACUCCAUUACAUUAGUGUUUUAUCAGUAGCUAGUCGGGGAAGCAGGAGGAGGACAAAUCAGCGUCAGUUUGUUCCAUUAUUUUAUUUUAUUUUAUUGUCCGUCUCAAUUUAUGAUCACACAAUCGUUGGAAAAAAAAGACUUUAUAGAUUGUGGGAGUUCCAGAAAGUUUACUUGCCCAUCACUCAAAAUAAUGCAUCAUGUUAAGAAUAUGAUGGGGAAGGUAAAAAAAAAAAAUACAAUAAUGUACGUGAAUAAUGUACGUUUCAUAUCUGAUAUUACCAUUAGAAAAAAAUGGUUAAAAAUCUAAUGUUUUUACUGAGUUUUUGAUACGGUCUUAAAUUGUUUUAUGAAAAUAUAUUAAUAAAGAUGUACUACUAUUUGUAA